GUGCAGAUUGGAUUGCGCACACCUGGCUUGACAAACGCCAGCUUCUGUCAAGAAGCCAGAACUGUUCUUCUCUUCUCAUUGUACCAGGAAAGCUCUGGUAACUCAUAAAACGCAGGAUGUCUACGUCAUGAGAUGGGAGUGAAUGUGUGGGAGGGGAGCCUGGGAGGACAAUGUUUCGUUGACUCGGAAAUCCUCUGAGAAACUGUGAAAACUUGUAAAUAAACAGCGAAGCAAUCACAUCGAAAGACUACGGGAUGCUGCGACGGAAGAGAACUUGACGAGGAGAACGUUGCGGCGAGGGGCAGCGAGAAAAGAAAACAUUCCGAUGCGUGGUGACGGCAGUUCGGCUUCGACAACGAAGCAGUGGAGUGGGGACGGGUGUGCGGCGUCAUCGAUCGCUCUGAAUCUUGGCAUGGUUUGCACAUGAAUCGUCUGCCCAUGAACCUUCUUCAAACACCCGGUCUGUCUGUCUGUCUGUCUGUCGGAGAUGGAAGCCCAUGCAACUGUCGCCUCGCUAGGCUGCAUUCUAACUGGACAGUCUUGACAAGACCAACCGCACGCUCUACUGCGGCGCUGCCCUUCUCUACAACCGUGAAGGACUCGAUCGGUUUCAUCAAGCGCGAUGCUGGAGUUUACUGCAUGCUUCGUACCGCCGUGGUGGUGGCGAAAGAGAGCUGGCUUGCAGUAAUGUAGACCCGUCGUUGUCCGUCGCCAGCGACUGGACUUGAUUCAGUUAUAUACACUCACCGAACAUGCAAUCAAGGAGACGGCGAGAGUUGAAGAGAUAAUAAAUGUACAGCAGGUCAGAGAACUGAGCUGGGAGAGAUGAAAUGAGUAUGGCGAUAAAUGAGUGACAGCAGCGUUGGGACUGGUUACGACAAGGUCAACGGUCUUCACUAUUGUAAUACAAAGAGUGGUCAUUUCUGCGCAAGUUGACAUGUAAGAUGUGGAUGCGUAAUGGGCUGAAUUCGUACGUAGAAGCAAUCAUCGCUGCAUUGCCCAAGCAUCUACAGAAUUGCGUAUGAGUGAGCACCCCACUGAUUACCGUACAGUAGCGUUGAGGUUGGGAUGUGAUCGUGAAACCGUGUCCUCAGCUUAGCUUGGGUAUCGAAUGGCAGCGCAAUAGUCGUCAAUUGGUGAUGACCACUCUGAUGUCAGAAUCUGACUCGGACUCGGGGGACUCCUUCCAGUUUCAGAUAUUUCAUCUGAGAAAUAACCAUGGUGGUACGAUUGGUUACAGUUUUGCUGGUGUGUGUGGCCCGAACCGGACUUAGCUAUGAAUCACGUGUCAAGUCACAAGCAGACCGCUGUUGCUUUCUUCGUUGGCGAGAAUUGGUCCUAAGAGCUGGAUUUGAAGGCAUUUAUGUUUCUAUUCCCUUGCUGUCCAUUUCUGCUGUGGAGCUUUGUACUCUUCUAACAGUACAUGUACUGUCGAACCUGGAUGAGGGCUACAUGUGUACGUGCAGUUCCGUUCUAUUCAACGGAUUUUCCGAUAGUAGUUGUGGUAUGGAAAAUCUAACUGAGCGUAUAAAAUUUUGAGCAAGGGCCUUAUCCUCUCCACUUAAAAGAAUCGAUCUCUCCAUGUUUACCCCAUGAAAUGGUGCAACUUUCGGCUCAACUUUGUGAAGUGAAACAAAGGCGACACAAAGAUGGCACAUAGACGUAAUUCUAGUACCUUGCGUAAUUUCAAGUAAAAAAUUCUUGUCAAUUCUGGACAUUUGAACAAACUUCACUGGCCACUGAAGAGUAAAGCACGAUAAUCCUCUUGAUUUAUUUUGCUUCAAAAUAUUUCGGUCCCCUCUAUGAAGUAGAACUUUUCAGCUCAAUCAAUUUUCAAUUUUGAUCGUAAAAGAUAAAGCUGAAAAGACUAUUGUAAAUGAGAAAUAUAUUUGCAGUGGAGAGAAAUCUUUUUACAAGACGUUUUGAAGCCCCAGGGGCUGACUCUGAAGUUAAUAUCCUUAAUAUGAAUAUGCCAUGCUGCUCAAAAGAACUCCUUUGACUCUUCUGAACACGAACGCGAUCUACAAAGUUUGCUAGCAUGGAAUAUUGUUAGAGUCAAAUCAUGCAAUCAAGGGUCCAUGACGUACGUACCAUACGACCAAGGAGCUGAAGAGUUCGAAAGUGCUGCGGUUGAAGAGUCGUUUUUUCAUACGACAUAAUCUCCACUACCGGAAACUUUGUUCGUGUAAAGGAUGUACUACAUUAUGAAUGUCGACAUUUAUAAUAUCCGAUAGUUCAGUAAAUUCUAGAGUAUUUCAUAUCCAAUAUAAUAUGGUCAGCCCCAAUUUAUAAAUGAGAAGAUGCACUUGUGUACAGGUGCAAACAUUGCAUUACCAUAAUUGACUAUCCUCGACCGGUGCGGCAACGACAAGGUCCACUCUAUCUACAAGGAUAGCAGUCGUCCAGAUUCGUCUGUAUUAUAUCUGAUACCAUGCAGACUUCCUGACAGAACAGCACGAGUGUUUUCAGAUAAACACGGGACCUCAAACACUCAGCUGGCAGCUGUGCAAUUAAGAUGGAGCGCCAUCGGCAUCAGAGGGAGACGAAAUUUCAGCAGCUCAGCGCCAAUGGACAGGAGAAUGAUUGAUCGCCUAGUAAUGGUUUGGUAGACAUGAACACUCUGUUUAAUCAAUGCUCGAAAUGCAGAUGUUUGAACGCCAAUGAUGAGAAUAUAGUCU